AUGUACGACUUUGUGCACUUGGAUGAAAAGUGGUUUUACUUAAGCAAGAAAUCACAAAGAUCCUACCUAGCAAAGGGGGAAAAAGACAAGUAUAGAUCAGCAAGUUCAAGCAAAUUUAUUCCAAAAGUCAUGUUCACGGGGAUUGUUGCAAGGCCAAGAUUUAAUGAACAAGCUGAUUGCACAUUUGAUGGGAAAAUUGGAAUCUUCACAUUCACUUACCAAGCAGAAGCAAAGAGAAGUUCGAAGAACAUAUUAAAGGGGACAAUGGAGACAAAAAUAGUUGAAUUUGUCAACCAAAAGGUCACAAGGCCCAUGCUAAUCAAUGAAAUCGUACCAACAAUCAAGGCAAAAUGGCCAAGGGAUGGAAGGCACAAAAUAAUUUUCAUUCAACAAGAUAAUGCAAAGGCACACAUAAGCCAAGAGGAUCCAGAAUGUCAGCAAGUUUAUCAACAAGAAGGUUUUACUUUCAUUUUACUCAACCAACCACCAAACAGUCCCGAUUUAAACAUACUAGACCUCAGAUUUUUCAAAAGUAUACAGUCAUUCAUGCACAAAAAGAUGCCCAAAGAUGUUGACAAGAUGAUGGAAGCUGUGAAUGAAGCAUUCUAUGAACUUGAGCCUAUAACACUAAGCCAUGUGUGGACUACUCUACAAUAUGUGAUGAAUGAGAUCUUGAAGGCUAAAGGUUCAAACAACUACGAUCUACCACAUGUAAACAAGAAAAAGCUAGCUGCCGAGGGAAGAUUGGAAGAACAAGUGAGUGCUCUAAUGUGGGCAUUGAUAAAGGCAUGGCAGGCAUUGUACGGGGAAGAGGAAGAUAACACAAACAUUGCACCCACAUCUAAUGCACACACAAACAUUGCAUCAACAUCAAAUGCACAUGAUUAG